AUGAUUAGGCGUGAAGCACGGUUACGUCUUGAGUAUGUUUAUCGAAAAAGUUUGGAAGAGAAACAACGUUUAAUCGAUGAGAAACGACGAACCGUAAAGAAAUACAUAGAUGAAAACAGACCAAUACCGACGCAUUUGAAAAAAGAUGCCAUUGACUUACAGCAAGAUGUUGAAUGGGGAGGGGAAGUUUCAGCCAUCGACGAUGAAUAUCGCUACGCUGGCGCGGCUGAUCCAAAAGUUGUAUUAACAACUAGUCGUGAACCGUCAGCUAAACUUAAAAUUUUUUUAAAAGAAAUGCGGCUAAUGUUUCCAAAUGCGCAACGUAUCAAUCGAGGACACUAUGAUAUCAAAAAGUUAAUACAAGCUUGUAAAGCUAAUGAUAUUACGGAUUUUAUACUGUUGCAUGAAACGCGUGGUAAUCCCGACGGAAUGAUUGUGUGCCAUCUACCUUUUGGGCCCACUGCUUAUUUUACUUUAGCAAAUGUUGUGAUGCGGCACGAAGUGCCGGAAUGUGGAACCAUGUCGGAAGAAUAUCCACAUCUUAUAUUCGAUAGUCUUAAUUCAGCUCUUGGACGUCGAUUAACCACGAUAUUAAAACAUUUGUUUCCUGUGCCGAAGAUUGAUAGUCGACGGAUUAUCAGUUUUAGCAAUACUGAGGAUUUUAUUAGUUUUCGGCAUCAUACGUACAGUAAAGAUGAACAUGGUGAAAUAAAACUGAAGGAAAUUGGUCCGCGAUUCGAAAUGAGACCGUAUUUAAUUAAAAUGGGUACAAUUGACAAUGCCGAUGCUGAAAGAACCGAAUGGGCCCUACGGUCAUAUACCAAUUCAGCCAGAAAGAGGCCUCCUAUGCUAUCAAUACCAGACGAUGACGAAUAG